UUGCAUGUGUUUUACUUCCAGUCGACCACAGACCGAGCCUGUGCAAUCGAAGCCCUGUUUGAUCAGACGCUGACUCCGCCUUAGUCCGUUAUAAAUGAAAGGAGGCAAGUCCAAGCAGCAUCUCCUCGUCAACCGUGAACUGGCGUUCUUGUAGGUUAAGGCCUCGCCUAUUCAGACCGGAGAGAGAACUAUCUGUCAGAGCGCCGCCAGACGGCUCCAGGCUCUUUAUCUCCUAUUAGCAUUUUAAGAGCUGCUCACGCCGGAAAGAAAAAGGGCUGGGCCACAAUGAGGGAAAGAGUCAACCCAGUCUCUCAGUGCUACACAGCUUUCUCGUUGGCUUUAGAGGGAGCAGACGGAUGCUGACUAAUCGGUUUCGUUCGGAACACGUGAAGAGGACGUGAAGAAAAUGGGCGUAGCUUGACUUGUGCGUGGGAUCGGCGUCGGAACCAGAAAAGCUUAACUGGACCAGAAGGCGACCCUGUCUUCUCCGGUAAUUGUUAGGUAGCCCAGGAUUUUGUUCACAGAAGGAGCCGUUUGGGCACAGCAUCUCCUCAAGAUAAAUCUUUUCUGGGUUCGUUGGACGACUUUUCGUUUUCCUCCCUGGUUGGCAUUUUUCUCCUUUUUGAAUCUAUCCAUCUCAUUUUAUUUUAUUUUAUCCUCCUUUCAUGAAAAUGCCACUGAAAUACGUCAAGAGUCAGAAAUGUAGGGACCAGUUGCUCCAUGAAGGAUACCUGCAUAAGAAAGAGCGGGCCAGUGGGGACAAGAUUUUCUGGAAAUGCGCUGACUACCAAAAGUACCAUUGCACAGGGCGGGCCCAUACGUGCAAUGGCAAAGUUAUAAAGUACUCGCCACAUAGUCAUCCUCCCAACAAGACAGCUGUAGAAGCCAAGGGGAAUGGCAUGACGGAAAUGGCCUCCUCUAGCCAAGAACCAACCCACAAAGUGGCCACGCUGGAUUGUGAUGCCUUGCCAGGGCCUGCUGCUUUUAAGAAGCCCCGUAUCCAAAACAAUCCAAAACAGACAAUCCAGCUCUUGAGAGCACGUCUGAAUGCAACACGCCAAGGUAUACCUGGCUUGCAGGUGGCUUCUGCUGUUGCUGAAACAGUUGCUGAAGAUCCGCCAUCUCUGACAUCUCCUGACCUGCCUGAUGGAUUUGUGGAUGGAAGUUUUGUGGCUGCCCCUGGUCUCUGUAAGGAGACAAAGGCAUCCAUGACCCAGUCUAGUCAGGAAGCUGCUCGUCAGAGGUUCCGCUUGGGUACUGUCCCGCCUGGAGACGCCCCCCAGGAGAUUCUGUCCCGGUUGAGUGAGGCAGCUGAACGGUGGUUGUGUCCUCGGGAGCACAGCAAGGACCAGAUUGUGGACAUGGUCAUCCUAGAACAGUUCCUGACUGUGCUGCCAGUGAAUGUGCAGGUGUGGGUGAGAGCCAGGGAGCCCGUCAGCAGCAAGGAGGCGGUUCAACUGAUCGAGGCCUGUUGUAGGGAACAGGAGCAAGCCAACGGUGUUCAGGGUCUUGUAACCUUCGAAGAUGUAUCUGUGCAUUUCACUGAGGAAGAAUGGGCUCUGCUGGACCGUAGAGAGAAAACCCUUUACUGGAAUGUCACAAAUCAGAAUUAUGAUAAUGUAGCCUGGCUGGCAGGUGAUGUGACAAACAGCAAAAGGAAAAGAGAGGAUCCUUGGCUGGAAGCCCCUGAAUUGGUGGUGAUGGAAAAAUCCAAGGAGGCAAUUUUACAGAGUCCUGAACAAGACGUGAUGAGGGAGAACUGUCAGGAGAGGCAGCAGAAAAUCAGCUCAGGAAAAGAAGAAGAAAAGCUUGCUCUCAUUAGAAAGGGUUUGAGGGAACUAGUCAGAGACACGGGACAUCCUGGUACCGAACUAGGGCUGGAGACGUGGUGUAUAUGUGCUGAUUGUGAGAACCAAGCUGAAUCCUUGGCACUGAUCAUUACUUUGGAUAGCCCCAGUGUGGAGGGUCCUGAGCCUGUGGAUGUAUCUGGGAAGUUACAUGCAUUAUCUGAGAAGAAAAACCCCCAGAAUCUUGAGCAAAACUUAAUUAAAGAGGACCAGAACAAUAUGGAGAGGCUACAGACAAACCACUCAGGGAAAGAGGAAGAGAAAUCCACUCUUUUUACAAACAGCUUGAGGGACCCAAUUCAUCAAGACCCUAAAUCAGGUCUGAAGCCUGAGUGCAUAUGCGCUGAAGCUGCAGAAGAGAAAUCAUUAACACUUGACAGGAAUCAGAAAAUCCAAAGCAGAGAAGAUUCUGAAUGUGUGGUGUUAUGUGAGGAGUCACUGGAAAUGUCAGAGGGGGGAAUUUCUCAGAGUCCUGAGCAGGACUUGCAGCCCAAACCUAUGCAGGUUUGCACAAAAUGGAGCCUUGCUGAAUUGAAUGAGACUGCAGAUUUACAGCACAAUCCUAAACAUGUCUGUUCGGAAGUAAAUACCGCUGUCUUCAAUGGGGCUUACUCCCAGGUAAGUGAGUGUAGAACUGCAGCUUCAGUUGGUGAAAACCAGAACAUUCUGGAGAGCCAUCAGAACAGCAGCUCAGGAAAUGAAGGACAGGGGAAAUGCCUUCUUUUGGGAAAUGGUUUGCGGGAUCUGUCAAAAGGCAUGCUUCAACUAGAUGCCCAACCAGGACUGGAGGGUCAUUGUAGGGAGCAUGAUCAAGCCUCAGAACGCAUUGGUAAUCAGGAAAUAGGUCACAGGCAAGGCCUGUAUAAAAGUCUCAAGUCUGAUGGACAGUUCACCCAAAAUUCAGAUCCUGUCACACAAUCUGGCUGUUCUGAUCCAGGGGAGAAGCCCAAUGGCCUCUUGGCUUUUAUAAAACGCAGAAGAUGUUACAAAAGAGGAAAGUAUUUUAAUGGGAAAAGCAUGAGUGUCGAGACUGUUCUUGGGGCACAUCAAAGAAUCCUGGUAGGAGGCAAAUCUCACAGAUGUUUGACCUGGAAGGACAAGGGCCGCUACAUACGAAGCAGAUGCAGGCUUCUCGGACCGGGAAAAGGACUCAGGGAAUCCCUAAAGCACAACCCCCAGACUCAUGAAGCAUUGCAUCUGACUCCAGAGAUGUUCAGAAUGACCUCAGGGGCUGCAUUUUCCUCUCUUAACCCCAAAGGACAGAAACCUGAGCCAAGAUCCCCAACUCUAGACAAAAUGGCGGCUGAGCUUACUCUGGCGCAAUUAAUGGCUGUUCUAGAGCAAGUUGCUGCAGAUACUGCAGAGAUUAAGUUUGCAGUCUCAAGCCUGCACACCUCAAUAACUGGCAUCCAGAAUGCCCUAGGGAGUCUCUCUGGAUGUACAGAUGAGGCUGAACAUAGGAUUUCUGACUUGGAAGACACCUCCCGAAAUACAAAGGCUCAGCUUGUGCAGCAGUGUAAUGAUAUUAAAGCUAUUGAGGCCAAACUGACUGGGAAAGCUGUUCAGACUAAGGUCAUAGCAGGGUUGUGGUCAUUGCUGAAGGUUAAGAGAGAGGCAACACACACACCCUGCAUCUGUCCACUAACUCAGGAUGAGUAAGGAUGUCCCCAAAAACCUUUUUUUUUUUUUUUGCUUUGGCUCAAGAGAGGGGUCAAAGACUGAUGACUCCAAAACUAGGCUCCAAAACCAGACAGCCUGUUCACCCCCUGUGAAAUUACUGUUCCUUCUUUGCUGUCUUAGAAAACCUUUGCAAGCUUUUGACACUCUGCUUGCUUCAGUAAACCAUUGGUGAUCACCGUAAAAAAUAAAUGGUUCUUGUGUCCACGCUGAUGUUGAUUAAAUCAUCUUGACCUAGGAACAAAGAGCAGGAGAACAACUUGGCAACAAAGGAGUAAGAGCAGUCGGGUUUAAUCACCAGGAACAAGCAUAGGCAGUUGCCUUAUAACGAGCCCAUCUAGCUCAGAAUUGUCUACACUGACUGGCAGCAGCUGUCCAGGAUUUCAGAUAAGGUUCUCUCCCAGUCCUUCCUGGAGAUACAGGGAUUGAACCUGGGACUUUCCUGCAUGUAAGGAAGAUGCUCUCCCACUGAGAUAUGGUCCUUCCCCAUUCAGAAAAAAUGGAAAUGGACUGCCUUCAAGUUGAUCCCAACUUAUGGCUACCCUAUGAAUAGGGUGUUCAUGGUAAGUGGUAUUCAGAGGGGGUUUACCAUUGCCUCCCUCUGAGGUUAGUCCUUCCCAGCUGGCUAGGGCCUGCUCAGCUUGCCACAGCUGCACAAGCCAGCCCCUUCCUUGUCCACAACUGCCAGCUGGGGGGCAACUGGGCUCCUUGGGACUAUGCAGCUUGCCCAUGGCUGCCCAGGUGGCAGGGCACAUAACCCCUAAGCCACUCACUGUGGGGGUGAUCUUUAGCUGGCCCUUGAUACCCAGGAGACUCAAGCAGGAUUUGAAUUCACAGACUCUGGAUUCCCAGCCAAGCUCUCCUCCCCACUGUGCUAUACCAGCUGUUCCCCAUUCAGAAGCAAAUGGGAAUUCAAGCAUCUUGCCUGUCUUCUCCUGCUAAUGAACACAUUAUAUGGAGGGGACUUGCCUGCAGAAAGGCGGAGAUGCAAAAUGCUGCCCAAAGGCAUCUUCCAGCCCAAAUUUAGCCCAGUAUUUCUCUUCUUUUUAAAUAUAUUUUAUUUAACAAAAUGUAUAGACUGCUUAAUAUUUAAGAGGUUUACAUAUAAUAGUAUAAAAGAUAUACAGUUAAAAAUUGAGUCAACAAGCUUUUAAAAAGAAAUAGACAUAAUGGGUGAUGAUGCUAGUCCUAAGAGUAAACAGCCCAAUAAAAUGAUCAAAAUAGAGGUAACAUGGCAAAUAAGUAUGCUUAAUAAAAUUACAACUCUGGUAGGCUUUGCCUAAUUUUUUUUUUUUUAUAGUAGGAGUCAAACAGUACAACAAAGGUGCCCGGCUGAUACUAGUAGCAAAUGGGACUUAAGGACAUUGCAGUGAAUUUCAGUUAAAAUGGUUUAACCUGAAGUCUGCAAGAGGAACCUGUGCUGUCACUUGCUUGUUCCAAACCUUAUCCUAUAUUUAGCUGACGUCUGGAGGCAGCAGUGUAGUGGCAAAUUCAGAAAUGCAGGGUCCCUUCAUAAUAGUCACCGCCAUGCCCCCUCGCAGCCACUCGCCCUUCUAAGAUUAUAGAAUAAUCUGGCCAGGCUUGAAUACUGCUUUCUACUUCUCUGUCACUGUCACCAUUUGACUGUCCAUUCUGUCGGAGAUAUUGCUGGAAUUACUGAAUUCAGUGUCUACACAUUUAUCUCCUGCUGUUAUCAAACUACGUGAUGGUGUAGAUGGGAUGCUAUCAUCAGGAUUAAAUGUCUCUACAAAUGCAAAGACGUAUCGCUGAACACCAAAGUCAAGAUCAUUCAGACCAUGCUAUUCCCGAUCUCUAUGUAUGGAUGUGAAAGUUAGACAGUGAAAAAAGUGUAUAAGAGAAAAAUCAACUCAUUUGAAGUGUGGUGUUGGAGGACAGCUUUGCGCAUAACAUGGACCACAAAAAAGACAAAUGAUUGGGUGUUAGAACAAAUUAAAUCAGAACUAUCAUUAGAAGCUAAAAUGAUGAAUGAAGUUAUCAUACUUUGGACACAGAAUGAGAAGACAUGAUUCACUAGAAAAGACAAUGCUGGGAAAAACAGAAGGGAGUAGAAAAAGAGGAAGACCAAAGAAGAGAUGGAUUGAUUCCAUAAAGGAAGCCACAGACCUGAACUUGCAAGAUCUGAACAGGGUGGUUUACAACAGAUGCUACUGGAGGUCACUGAUUCAUAGGGUCACCAUAAGUCAUAAUCCACUUGAAGUCACAUAACACACACACUUCUGCCGUUACAGAAUUCUCACUCUCUACAACUUGGCUUUUUGAUGUAGGAACGAAUAGGAACGCCUUUCACUGUGGCUCCAAUCAGUAAGAACCAACUAGGAAGCAAGUUAGAAGACUCUUCUCAGUGGCUAGCACACUCCCCUUUCAUGCUGACUGGCUCACAGGAUGCUGGAGACAUAGGAACCCUACUGAGACCUGGCUCCCAAAAAAGGUGUGUAAGACCCCCUGAGACCCUGCAAGACUACACCCUUGCUUAGAGGGCACAAACAACACCUGGAAAACUACAUGGAAGCUACAUCCGAGCUUAUACAUUUUUAUCAGGUGUAAUUCUGGGCCAAAGUGACUUCUGCAGUACUUGAGUUUGAAAAAGUUUAGGAAAGCUAUGACUUUUCCAGAGAAAUAUCAGGAUACUUCGUUGCUUUUUGGCACAGAUGAGAGAAAAAUAUCUGCAAGUAGAAUAGAUUAACUGUACAGUAAUGUGUCCAGAUUUUCCAUCUCUGCAUCUCUCAGUUCAUGUGGCUUGUGUACUGUGGGACUUUGUAAAAGCAAGCUAUACACUAAACCCAAAAUUCUAAAGCCCAAACUUCCGUUAUGAUUAAAACUAAACC